UAUCAAAUUGCCCCGCCGGUCUAUCUGUUCUAUUCUUUGCCCCUUUCUUUCCAAUUAAGCAUCGGCGGAAAGAUCGAAUUGAUAGGAGAAAAUAAAACGAGUAAAAAAUCCUCAAAUCGCAGCGACGACCGGCAUUCGAUCGACAGCUGGUGGUUCGAUCUCCGGCAUGGCGUCGCCGUCUUCGACAACAACCACGAACAUCAUGCUGGCGAUUUACGAGAAGAAGACUAACUCCCUCGACCUCUACCGGCCACUGCGGAACUACAUCGUGAUCAAUUACUCGGAGCGCGAGGCGCAGAAUUUGGAGGAUGAUCUCCAGACUUUGAAACAGCUCCGCUCCGAUGUGGAGAAGGGCGGGGGCUCCGAUUCGCUGGCCGCUCGGCGCGAUCUUCUGCAGAAUUACUAUAAAGCCCUUUGCGCGGUUGAGUCAAGGUUUCCCAUCUCCGCGGAUGCGGAUCACGUCAAUACGGUGUCGUUCACUUGGUAUGACGCGUUUAAGAAUAAGCAGAAAGCUUCUCAACAAAACAUACAUCUAGAGAAAGCUGCGGUCUUGUUCAAUUUGGGGGCAACGCAUAGUCAGAUGGGAUUAGGUUUUGAUCGAUCUGCAGUGGAAGGAAGGAGACAGGCUUCGCAUUCAUUUAUAGCUGCUGCUGGGGCAUUUGCAUUUCUGAGGGAUAAUGAGGCCAUGAAGGCGUCAGUGGGAAGCUCAACCACAUUGGAUGUGUCUGUAGAGUGUGUAGGGAUGUUGGAGAGGCUGAUGUUAGCUCAGGCUCAAGAAUGUGUGUAUGAGAAUACUAUAGCCAAGGGGAGCAGUCCCGGAGUCUGCGCAAAGAUUUCAAGACAGGUUGGCCUAUUUUAUGAGGAAGCCUUGGCUGCAUUGACUGUAGCCCCGUUGAACCAGCAUUUUGAAAAGGGCUGGAUUGCUCAUGUUCAGCUAAAGGCAGCUUUGUUUUAUGCAGAGGCUUGCUAUAGAUAUAGUUUAGAACUGCAUGAUAAGGAGGAGAUUGCUGAAGAAAUAGCACGUCUAAAGAGUGGGAUUAAUGCUUUGUCUGAUGCAAAGAAAUCAUCUCCCAGGGGGGCAGCCCAGCAGCUGUUGGAUGCAAUUAAUAAAUUAGAAGCUAACUUAAAUCGUAACUUGGAGAGGGCAACAAAGGAGAAUGAUAGAGUGUACUUGAUGAGGGUUCCUCCUGCUAGUUCUUUGCCUCCCCUUCCUUCAUUUUCCAUGGUUAAGCCUAUGCCAAUGAAUGAAGUGUUGGAUGCUAGCAGGCAGAAGAUGUUUUCAUCUCUUGUUCCUGAUAGUAGUGCAAAAUCACUUUCGAAGUAUACUGAAAUGCUUGAUGAUAUCAUCAGGACCCAAGCUGAGAAAUUGCAGCAAGGAAGUGAACUAGCUCGAGUGAGACUGAAGGAGAUGGAUCUACCUGAUUCAAUUCUUGCUUUGGAAGGGAAUUUUACCUUGCCAACAGCAUUAAAAGAAGAAGUGGAGGCUGUGCAGAUUUGUGGUGGCCCAGCUGGUUUGGAAGGGGAGCUUCAGCAGCUGAAAGACUUAAGGAGGGUAAACCAUGAGAUGCUAUUGCAGAUAGAGGAACAAUUGCAGAAAGAGGCAACUGAGGAUGUGCAGUUCAGAAACCAAUUUGGAACUCGGUGGACCAGGCCACAAUCCAGUACCUUAACAAAGAACUUGCAGGACAGGUUAAAUAGGUUUGCAGCAAAUUUGAAGCAGGCUUCAGAUAGUGAUGCUAGAAUUGAGAGAUCUCUAAGAGAAAAUUCAUCACUAUUGUCCAUUCUCGACUGCCGCCCAAUCGAAACUGCUCUGCCAACUCUGGCCAAGCCCAUAAUGUCCCUGGAUGCAAAUGAAGAUGCUGUGGUUGGAGCCCUGAAGCAGAGCUUGAGGCAAUUGGAGAUUCUUGGUGCUCAGAGAGCCAGCCUUGAGGACAUGCUUAAAGAGAUGAAGAGGAAGGAUGAUAUUCUGCCAAAGUUGAUGACUUUUGCUGGCUCCCAUGAAGAUCUUUUUAGAAAGGAAAUAUCGAAGUAUGACAGCAUUUGUCAUGAUAUUGCCCAAAAUCUUGAAGCUCAAGAACAGCUAUUAAUGCAAAUUCAGGCCCAAAAUGAUGAGUUUGCUGCUAUCUUUAACCUUGAAGAUUAUAAAGCAUCUCGUGAAAAGGGCUACAGGCAAAUUGAAGCUGCGAUAGCAAAGUAUCGAGAAAUCAAGGAUAAUAUCAAUGAAGGACUCAAGUUUUAUGUUACCCUUCAGGAUGCUAUCAAUAUUGUGAAGCAGCAGUGCAGCGAUUUUGUGAUGACAAGAAACAUCCAGUGCCGGGAGAUGAUUGACGACGUCCAAAGGCAACUAUCAGGUCUCAGUUUCCAGGAUGGCAAAACCACUGCUUCUAGCUACUCGUUUUCUUCUACCGGCCCGCCUCAUCCACCUCAAAGAUCCAAUUCCCAACAACUGGACCAAGCCAGCAUUCCGCCAAACUCUCAUCAUCCUACCCCUACUUACCAGCCCCCUCAGCAGCCACCAAUGCCGGCCUAUUCCCAACCUCCUCCUUACAGCAACCAGCAACAACCGCCACCGCCCUAUCACACUCCUGUUUCGGCUGCCUACCCACCUCCUCAGCACCAGCAGCCUCCAGUGAGCCAUGAAUAUGGACAGCCCGCGUAUCCUGGUUGGAGAGGUCCGUACUACAACGCACCUCCGCAGCAACCUGGGCAAAUGCCACGACCUCCUUACACGGCUCAACCGCCUUAUCUGCCUCCUAACCAGAGUGGUUACUACAGACAGUGAAAAUUCCAGUAAUGAUUGCAUUCGCAGUUGCUUUGGUUUUAAAAUUGUUUGCAGUCGAGUGUUCUUUACAGUAGCUGGUGCUACAUUGUUUUAGUUUGGGUAAUGUGAUAUGUGAAGGUGCACUACUCUCCGUUAGGCCAAUACUUAGCAUAUAUAUGUACAUGUUGCUAUUUCCUCUCAAGUUUUUCCCAAUGCUCAAUCGAUAUGAUACUGUGAAAAUGCUCGGAGUCUCGGAGUUGGGUUUCCAUUCUUGUCGGGAUCUGGCUGUUUAUGUAGACAGACCAGUUCGUAUUGAAAGUUAUUGUGUUAUUGAACUGCUGUAUAAACCUCAUAACAAUAAGUGUUUUGCUUUCCAUUGUGGUUUCUACAUUAUUA